AUCGACGAAGAUAACGGUCGAAUAUCGAUUGUUGUUUAAUUUAUUCAUGUUGCUUGACAGGGCUUUUAUUUGUGCCUCGCCAGAGCGUCGGUCGAUUGCUGGUCAGUCCGAAACCGACUUGACGCUCUCGCUGCAACCGCUGCAGACUGCGCAAACAUAGGUAGAAUUGUAACGAAAUAUGUCCGAUUCCGAAGAAGAACUUUUUGAAAAACGAAUAAAAAUCGUGUUCGUAGGGGAUUCUGGGGCCGGGAAAACCAGCAUAGCGACGCGAUACUGCAACGGAGAAUUUACGAGGCAUUACUCGCCAACAGCUGGUGUUGAUUUUUUUCUGAAAAGCGUCAGACUUGGAGAUUCCAAAAAUGUCACCCUCUACAUCUGGGACAUUGGAGGUUUAGCAUUGCAUGGGAAUAUGUUGGACAAGUAUAUUUUUGGUGCGCACGUGAUUUUUUUUGUCUACGAUGUGACUAACAUGUCGAGCUUUGAAAUUCUGGAAACGUGGAUUGAGACCAUAAGACAUCUGAACGAAAUCCUGGAUAUGCAACCAGCGAUGGCAAUCUUAGGAAACAAAUGUGAUAUAGCACAUCAAAGAACUGUUAAAAGUGAUAAGUCGCACAAAUUCGCGAUAGACAACGGAAUGCCCUGCUACGAUGUUUCCGCAAGGACAGGAGAAUCGAUUGGGGCGAGAAUAGGAGAUUUGGUAGCGCAGAUUUUUGGAAUUCCAACUACAAAAAUUGGCGAACGAGGACUUCAAAGAUCUACAGGACAAGAUUCGAUUGAUAGGAAACAGUCGAAACCGACGCUACAGCAAUCAACGUUGCCAAUGGUUCAAAAAAUAACUCAAAAACAAGCGAAAAAAUUAAAAAAGACUGCUUCAAAUCCAAUGCUUCCACGUUCCAAGUCAAGCGUUUGUUCGCUACAGUAGUAAGUAGCUCAAGGUAUAUUAUAUUUUAAAAAUAUGUCCCCACGAUAAAAAAAAAGUUACGAUAUUAAAAGUAUUUUCAGGGAUGUUGAUUAACUUUGUGCCUUAAAUUAACCACCUGCAGUUUGAAUUUUAAGGGUCCAAUUAUGACGGUGCAAUGAUUUUCGUGACUAUUCACUAAAUAAGUUA